CUUCUCGCACACUCUUUGUUCUUGUGACUACUACAGCCACAAGCUUGUUGACCUCCUCAUCCACAUAUCUCAUCCCCUUCUACACGGCCCUUCCACCUCUCGCUCCAUCCAUGGCCAUCAGAUCUCUAUCCUGACAAUUUCCUCUUCUGUUUCCUUCCCCGUGUUGUCUCCCAAUCUCCCCAAGACCUGCCCUUUUUCCUGAUGCCAACGACUGUGCCUUGUUUCUGAGUCUUCCUUCACUUCCAUGCCUAUUCCUUGUUUGCUCUUUGAUCUCAGAGAGUGUCUGAUCCUCUUCGCUUGGUGCUGAGCUCAUGUCUUCGUUGCUCGAGGACUUGCAGUAGUGUCCACUGCUCUUGAUCUCACAAGCUGCCCAUCUCUCAUGGCUUCUUCCACUCCCCCUCACUACUCCAUCACCACUCCUAAACCGCACCAUACCCCCCACCCAACGCCUCAAAACCCCCUCCAGAAGCACCACCAGAGCCGCCACAGGAGCUCCCAUAGGCUCCACUCUUCCUCCUCUUCUGGUUCUGCUGCAGCUAGUAGCAGCGCUGGCGCAUGCGGCGGCGCCGCCAGCACCACCAUCGCCUCCAGCGCUUCUGCUGGUAGCAGCAGCGCUCCUGCCUCCUCAUCUUCCCAUAAAAAUGGGAUCUUGGACCGGAAUCCGGCCUUCUUGCCUUACUACCCCCAGCAGGGAGCUGGUCUGACCCCCGAAUUCCGGCGUAAUCGCACCACGAGAGUCAUCUCGAAAAGGAACCUCAGCUCCCCGAGGCCAUCGCAGAGCAGUGCCCGUGCCGCAUCUCCUGCCGCCGCGCGAUGCCUCCUUCAAAUCCUUCGGUCCGGCCCUGAUGACCACCCCCUCGGCGACAUCGUGACUAGCUUUCGGCUCGACCUUGCCGUUCCGGAAGACUACUGCUACAUACUGCAUGAACUCGGCAACCGCCAAAAGUGCCCGCUCAAGGCUCUCAAGUUUUUCAACUCCGCCAUGCCCCUCAUGAAGAGCCUCACCGAGCAGGGGAAGCUACUGACAGCUGCCAUUGGUGGGCUCGGCAGGAUGGGCUGCCCUGACCUUGCACGGAAGGUUUUUGAUGUUGGUUUAUCUAGUGGGUAUGCGAAUACAAUAUAUGCACACUCUGCACUCAUCUCGGCAUAUGCUCGGAGUGGGCUCGCCAUGAAGGCGAUGGACGUUCUUGAGAUGAUGAAGGCAGCCGGCUUGAAGCCCACCACCAUAUCAUAUAACGCUGUAAUUGAUGCCUGUGGUAAGGGUGGGGUUGACCUCCAGCUCACGCUUGGGUUCUUCAGGGAGAUGCUCCACAACGGGCUCUUCCCUGAUAGGAAGACUUUCAAUUCUCUUCUUGCUGCAUGCAGUCGUGCUGGGCAUUUGGAAGAUGCACGGAUGGUUUUUGAUGAAAUGAUUCAUCUGGGAAUCGGCCAGGACAUCUACACUUAUAAUACCUUCAUUGACGCAAUAUGCAAGUGUGGUAACAUGGAGCUUGCACUACAGGUCACGUUAGACAUGCCCAUGAACAGCGUGCAACCAAAUGUAGUCACAUAUAGUACCUUGAUGGAUGGGUACUCGAAAUUGGAACAGUUUGAUGAGGCAUUGAAUCUUUAUGAAAAGAUGAAAGCUUUGAAAAUUGGGUUAGAUAGGGUCUGCUAUAAUACAUUGCUUUCAAUCUAUGUGAAGACCGGAAGGUAUGAGGAUAUCGUGAGAGUUUGUAAUGAGAUGGAUGUUACAGGUGUUGACAAGGACACUGUCACUUACAAUUGUUUGAUCAAUGGGCAUGGAAAGCAGGGCAGGUUUGAUAUUGUCGGUUAUUUGAUUCAAGAGAUGAGAGAUCGGGGAGUUUCACCAAGUGUACUAACCUACUCAACUCUGAUAGAUAUUUAUUCAAAGGCAGGAAUGUAUGGUGAUGCAGCAAAUGUGUUCUUGGAGUUCAAAGAAUCAGGUUUGAAGGCAGAUGUGGUCUUGUAUAGUUCUUUCAUUGAUACUUUGGCUAAGAAUGGAUUGGUGGACUGUGCCGUGUGGUUGCUUGAUGAGAUGACGAGGAUGGGAAUCGAACCCAAUGUAGUCACAUACAACACUAUAAUCGAUGCCUUUGGUAAGCCUAGAAUCGUUGUUGAGGAUGGUGGAGUUGGAAAUGAGUUGGCAGGUGUUGAGGGAUCUGGAGGCCAGAUUGUUGGUGCUUUUGGUCAGCUGGCCAAGGGAAUAGGUCGUGCUGUGGUAGAAGACUCUAGGAGGAGGUCUGAGGAGCUGCUUUGCAUUUUGGGGUUGUUUCAAAAGAUGAUCCAGCAGGGGGUGAGGCCUAAUGUGGUGACAUUCUCUGCUAUCCUUAAUGCUUGCAGCCGGUGUAAUUCAUUUGAAGAUGCAUCCUUGUUACUAGAACAACUUCGGUUAUUUGAUAACUUUGUAUAUGGUGUUGCACAUGGACUUCUAAUGGGCAGUAGAGAGGCAUGGGUACAAGCUCAGUCACUUUUUGAUGAAUUGAGGCGGAUGGAUCCUCCAACAUCAUCUGCCUUCUACAAUGCUCUGACUGAUAUGCUAUGGCAUUUUGGGCAGAGACGAGGAGCUCAGCAGGUUGUGCUUGAAGGUGUGCACCGGCAUGUUUGGGAGAAUACUUGGACUAAAUAUAGUCUAGAUCUGCAUCUCAUGUCUGUUGGUGCUGCCCAAGCAAUGGUUCAUGCAUGGCUUCUUAGUAUGCACUCUAUUGUUUUUGAAGGGCGUAAGCUACCUGAAUAUGUGAGCAUUUUGACAGGAUGGGGAAAACAUAGCAAGGUGGCUGGUGCUAGCACUCUUCGCCGUGUCAUCGAGACACUGCUCAACUCAAUGGGAGCCCCAUUCCACUUGGAAAAGUUCAAUGUUGGCCGUUUUGUGUCAGCAGGUGCAACAGUCACUGCCUGGUUAAGGGAGUCUGGCACAGUAAACAUCCUUCUCCUCCACGACAAGCGGGUGCAGUCAGCUAAUCCCUUGAACUUGAUUCCAAUAUUGCAAGUCCUACGGUUGUAGAUUCAGCAUUUGCUUCACAAGUCACUUCUAUCAUUAUGGUUGCAUGAAUUAUUAUGACAAGAAUAGCUAGCUUCAACUUAAUUAGAUCGAGAGCCAUGUGCAUCAGCCAACCUUCGUAUUUCUUCUUAUAGGAUGGAGAGAGCUACAAUUCGAUGUUAUGGGGCAAAAAUAUUUAUCCACACUCUUGUAUGUAGUCAUAGAUUAUGUGUAAUAAGGUUUCUUUAAUUUGCUUGCUCUGCUCUUUCACCAAGCAUAGCUGCUUAUGAAGCCAAUGUAAGAAGCCUUGUAUAAAGAGAGAGGGUUCCUUCUUUGAGAGAACAUUUGAUUAAAGUUUGUGGCAAUGAAUUUUUUGGUGUACUCUAAUGGUAAAUUCUUAGACAUUGCAUGGAUA